AAGGCAUUGAAUGUGAGUAUCAGAUUCUAAAUUACAUAUCAAGACAUGAUUAUUCUGCAUACCAAAUUUAUGAGAGAUGCUUAGGACACUGCUACCAACCUAUGCUCCAUAAAAAGCAAACCAAAGAAGAAGCAAGAGAGAGAAACACAACAUUAUAAACUGCAACAACAGAAAACACAGAGAUCUAACCAACAUGGGCUGAACUCAUGCAAUGGAUUGAAUAACAAAGAAAUGUUUCUUUUGUGUUGUCUCUGGUAACUGGAAGCUGAAGUUUCUUUUUUCUGUUGAACUCAGAAGACACAGUGCUGGGUUCCCUAAGUGAUGGCUGCGGCUCUGUCACAUUCUGAUUCUGACUCUAAGAUGAAAUAUUCAUGGUGGUGGGACAGUCACAUAAGCCCCAAGAACUCCAAAUGGCUCCAAGAAAAUCUCACAGAUAUGGAUGCCAAGGUGAAGCAAAUGAUUAAGCUUAUUGAAGAGGAUGCAGAUUCCUUUGCUAGAAGGGCUGAAAUGUAUUAUAAGAAACGGCCGGAGCUUAUGAAAUUGGUUGAAGAGUUUUACCGUGCAUACCGGGCAUUGGCCGAGAGAUAUGAUCAUGCAACCGGAGUAAUUCGCCAGGCUCAUCGUACCAUGGCUGAAGCAUUUCCUAAUCAAGUGCCUCCAGUACCAGCAGAUGAUUUGCCUUUAGUUUCUUCCACAGAGACUGAGCCGCACACACCGGUGACGCCUCACCAUUCACAUGGAUUAUUUGACCAACAUGGAGCUCCUAAUUAUGAACCUGAUACUGCUAUAAGCAAAAUGGGUCUAAAACAGCUCAAUGAUCUCUUCAUGUUAGGAGAAGAUGCAAGUCAUGUGAAGCAUUUGGAAGGGCGUGCUAAAAGGGGCCUCACUUUUCUUGAUUCAGAGGAGACUAAUGGGUUAAAGAAUGGAAGCCAUGACAAUGGAAGUCAAGGCUUAUCCGAGUCUGAACGAAUGACUAAAGCCGAGACAGAAAUUUUGGCCUUAAAGAAAGCUCUUGCUAAAUUGGAAAGUGAAAAGGAAGCUGGAUUGCUUCAGUAUCAGCAGAGUUUGGAGAGAUUGUCCAAUCUGGAAUCAGAAGUGUCUAAUGCAAGCGAGAAUUCUCAAGGACUUGACGAACGCGCGAGCAAAGCUGAAGCCGAAGUCCAGACCUUGAAGGAAGCCCUUGUAGUAUUGCAGGCAGAAAGAGAAGCCAAUCUUUUUCAGUACCAGCAGUGCUUGGAGAAAAUAUCUACUCUGGAGCUAAGCAUCUCUUCUGCUCAUGAUGAUGUAAGAGAACUUAAUGAUCGCGCUAUUAAAGCUGAAACUGAAACCAAAUCCCUUAAGCAUGACCUUGCUAGAAUAGAAGCUGAAAAGGAAGCUGCAGUUGCCCGAAAUAACCACUCCUUGGAUUCGUUGUCAAAACUGGAGGAGAGAUUAGAAGAAGCUGAAGAGAAUGCAAGGAGAUUGAAUGAGGAAGCUAAUAUAGCUAGAAGUGAAGUUGAGGCCUUGAAGUUGGAUAUUGCUAAACUUACUGAAGAGAAAGAAGAUGCAGCCCUUCGAUACGAGCAAUGCUUGGAGAUAAUUUCCAGUUUGAAGCAUAAACUCUCAUGUGCUGAAAAGGAGGUGUAUAAGCUAAAAUGGAAGAUAGCUGAUGAGGCUGAGAAGUUAAAAAGUUCUGAACAGAAGUGUCUUCACCUGGAAACAUCAAAUCUGUCUCUGCAAUCCGAAUUGCAGUCAUUAACACAGAAGAUAAGUUCCCAAGGUGAAGAAUUUAGUGAAAAGCAGAAGGAAUUGAGUAGACUUUGGACUAGCAUACAAGAGGAACGGUUGCGAUUUAUUGACGCUGAGACUGCUUUCCAAACUCUCCAGAAUUUACAUUCUAAAUCACAGGAUGACCUUAGAUCUCUUGCAGCCGUGGUCCAUAAUGUGGAGUCCCAAAAUCAAGCUUUAGAGGAUGAAGUUCACAGGGUCAAGGAGGAAAACAAAAUUCUAGAUGAUGUCAAAUUGUCUUCAUCCUUGACCAUAAAGAAUUUGGAGGAUGAGAUAUUGAACUUGAGGGAGACAAUCAAGAAACUUGAACAGGAGGUUGGACUGCGAGUCGAUGAAAGAAAUGCUCUUCAACAGGAAAUUUAUUGUCUCAAAAAGGAGCUUAAUGGUGUGAAUAAAAGGCAUGAAUCCAUGAUGGAGGAUGUAAGGUCAACCGGCUUAGACACACAAGACUUUGCCUCAUCCGCAAAGAAAUUGCAAGACGAGAACUCAAAGCUGAAGGAGGAAUGCAAGGUAAAUCAAGAUGAGAAAGCAUCUCUUCUGCAAAGACUGGAAAUCAUGGAACAGCUUUUGGAGAAAAAUUCUGUUAUGGAGAUUUCUCUUUCAAAUUUGAAUGCUGAGCUGGAGGCUGUCAGAGAAAAGGUAAAGGUAUUAGAAGAAACUUGCCAAUCUUUGCUUGCCGAGAAUUCCACUCUCGCUGCGGAGAAGGCAACCUUGUUUUCUCAGUUACAAACCACAGCUGAAAAUCUGGAGAAACUCUCAGAGAAGAACAAGCUUUUAGAAACUUCACUAUGUGAUGUGAAUGCUGAGCUAGAAGGAUUAAGGGUAAAGUCAAAGAUCUUAGAAGACUCUUGCCAGUCACUUGAUCAUGAGAAGUCCAGUCUCUCCUCUGAAAAAGAAUCCUUGAUUUCACAAUUGACAGUGGCUCAUCAAACACUAGAAGAUCUCGAGAAACAACGCACCGAACUUGAACUGAAGCAUCUGGAUCUAAAGUUGGAAAGGGAGUCCGCACUUCAAAAGGUUGAAGAGCUGCUGGUUUCCUUAUAUGCUGAAAGAGAAGAGAAUUCUCGAGUUGUGCAGUUGAAUGAAGAUAAUUUGGCUGAGAAGGAAUUCAUGAUUCAUAUUCUCCAAGAAGAUGCCAAUCACUGGAAAGGGGAAUAUGACAAGGAAGUAGAAAGGGCUGUCCAUGCUCAAAUGGAAAUUUUCAUCUUGCAGAAAAGCAUCAUGGAUCUGGAGCAAAAGAAUUUUUCACUGCUAGUAGAGAGUCAGAGACUCUUGGAGGCAUCCAAAAUGUCUGAUAGAUUGUUAUCGAAAGUGGAGAAUGACAAUGUUCAAAAGCAGGUUGAUGAGAACUCCAUGUCAGAGAAAAUUAAAAUACUAAGGAUCGGGCUGCUUCAGAUAUCGAAAACUCUUGACAUUAACAGUGAGAACAUGUGUGAAGAUAUUAUUGAAAAUCAGGAGCUUCUGAACCAUAUACAUAGCAAACUUGAGGAGACACAAGAUUGUUUCUUCACAGCUUGCAACGAAAGUGAGAAAAGGGCCAUUGAGAAUUCAGUUCUUGUCACAUUCCUCAGGCAAUUGAAAUCAAAAGCAGAAAAUCUUGUGACAGAAAGGGAUACCCUUGAUGAGGAGUUGAGGACCCAGUCUAAGGAGUUCUUGGCACUGCAAACGGAUGUCAAAAAUAUACUGGAGAAGAAUGAGGACUUGAAGUUGACAAUAAGAAGGGGAGAACAGAAAAUGAAAGUGAUGGCGACUGAAAUUGAGAAUCUAUGCAAACAGCUGUCAGAAUUGGAAGAGGCUCACAAGAACAUACAAGAAGAAAGUUGCAAAACAUCUGAGGAGAAAAGUACUCUGUUGAGAAGAUUUCUAGAUCUGGCGGAAGAGAAAAGUAACUUGGAAGAAGAAAUCUGCGCAAUGAUUCAUGAGACAGUAGCUCAAUCUAAUCUUUCUCUGAUUUAUCAGAACAUCAUCUUUGAAAAACUCCUAGCACUUAAGGAGCUGAGUGAAGAUCUUGAAAGACUAUGUUCGGUAAAUACCAACCUUGAGGAGAGAUUGAAAACAAUGGCAUCUGAAAUGGAAGAUCCGAAGAUUGGAAAUUCACAUCUGAAAGAGUCAUUUGUGGUGUCAAACAUUGAACUACAACUAGUUGAAUCUGUCAAUGAUCAACUAAAUUCUCAGGUUAGAAUUGGAAAGCAAUUGUUGUCUCAGAAGGAAAAAGAGAUUCUGAAAGCCGCAGAGAUGUUUAGUGCUUUACGCGAUGAGAAAACAGAAUUGCAGAGAAUGGUGGAACAUCUUAAGAUCAAGUAUGAUGAGGCCAGGCGAUUACUUGAACACCAAGCUAGCCAAAUUUUGGAAUUGUCGUCGGAGAAGGAUCGCCAAGAUCAAGAGCUUGGAUGCCUUUGUGAAGUGAAUCAGAAGUUGGAGGCUGAAAUGAGGCAUCUGCAGCAAGAACUUAGGAAAACUAAACUUAGGGAGGAGGAGCUCAGUUAUGAACUACAAAAAGGAACAAGGGAGAUACAGCAAUGGGAAACUCAUGCUGCCUCCCUUUUUUCCGGACUACAAAUUUCUGCUGUCAACGAGGCGUUACUUGAAGGGAAGGUCCAUGAGCUAGCUGAAGCAUGUCAGAAUCUUGAACGCAGAAGCAACUUCAAGGGUAUGGAAAGUGAAAGCCUGAAAGAAAGAGUUAAUGAGUUAGAAGGCGAAAAUGGAAGACUACAGCGUCAGUUGGCUGCUUAUGUUCCUGCUGUCAGUGCUUUGAAUGAUUGCAUAACAUCCCUGGAGAUGCACACUCUCUUACCUGCAAAAUCUAUUGACUACAAACAAUCAAAGGUUCAGAAUUUGGUAAAUCAGAAGUGCACUAGUGGUCGGAAAACUGGUGUUUAUCAGGAUGCUACUGCACCAUCACUUCCAGAUUUCCAAGACAUGCAGAAAAGGAUCAAUGCAAUUGAAGGGGCUGUUAAACAGAUGAAUGAAAGCUUCAAUCCCAAGACUGAAAUGAGAGAGAUUCAAGAGUUAAAACCUGGAAUCAGCAGGCGCCAAGUGAAUAUUCAACCAAAUUGGCAUGCUGUUCAGAUGGAUGAAGCAAAGGAGCGCCGGGGUGGAUCCUUUCGCGAACAUAAGACAGGGAAGUCAGUGCCAGAUAUCCCCAUAACAGAGAUUGAGUGUCUGCCGAAAGACAUCAUGCUUGAUCAAAUGGCUGAAUGUUCAUCUUUUGGUGUAAGUAGGAGAGGAACUCUUGAAUCGGAUGAUCAGUUGCUGGAGUUGUGGGAAACUGCUAACAGGGAUGGCACAAUUGGCCUGAAAGUCAGCAACUCUCAGAGGAUGGCCGCUGCACCUGCUGGCUACCGUCGCCAGGGAUCAAUCAAGGAACUGAAAAACAGAUAUCCUUCAGCACAUUUCUUCACUGAGAAGGAAUUGAGUGUGGACAAAGUAGAGGUCCCAAGAAGUUCAACACAGUCACGUGAAGAAGGAAACAGGAGGAAGGUUUUAGAAAAACUUGAUUCUGAUGCUCAGAAGUUGACAAAUCUUGAAAUUACUGUACAAGAUUUGAUCAAGAGGAUUGAAAUUAGUGAGAAGAGCACAAGAGGAAAAGAUGUUGAGUAUGACAAUGUGAAAGAGCAGCUAGAAGCUGCUCAGGAGUCCAUCACAAAGCUAUUUGAUGCCAACCACAAGUUGGUCAAGAGUGUCCAAGGUGGUGCCUUGUCCUCUGCUGGGAGGUCCUCAACAGAUUCAGAUGAGAGUGGUGGUGUCAGAAGGAUGAGAAUUUCGGCACGGGCUCGGAGAGGAUCUGAAAAGAUAGGACGGCUGCAGUUGGAGGUGCAAAGACUGCAAUUUUUGCUGCUGAAGUUGAACGAAGAAAAACAAGCCAGGGGGAAGACAGUGGUUGAUGAUUCAAAUUCGAAAGUCCUUUUGCGAGAUUAUCUCUAUGGUCAGACAAGAAUGAAGUACCAGUUGAGGAAGAAGAAGAAAGCGCACUUCUGUGCAUGCAUACAACCUCCUACUAAGGGAGAUUGAUUCAGCUUAAUUUUAAGCACAGUUCAGUACAUUAGUUACUUAAAAAGAUUAACUUUCCUGUUUCUAAGUUUUUCUUUGUAGCCUAGAGAUGACACUGAACCUUUCCCUGAUGUACAUGUUAUGUCAAGUUCACUCUGAAGAAGAGUAGGAUGAAACUUUCACCAUUUCAUUUUCCGAGUGAUCUUCAUCUUAUUUUUUUUU